GCCAGCAAGCCUCUUUGCGGAGGGCAUUUAAUGUGAGAAAUUGCCUUUUCUACUCCCCUCAACCGUCGCCUUAACAUUCCGCGGAGGACUAUGUGAUGUGACUGAGCCGAGAUGCCCCUCUUGGUACUGCUUCUCAAUGUGUUCCUACUAACAACGACUACUUUAGCAGAUGAGGAAAACCCCGAUGCCUGGGCUGGGAAAUGGUUCCCACAGCCCCCAAAUGCCGCGGAUCUCAACGAGAAACUCCCGGACAGUGCAGAAUCCGCUGCGAUGGGAGUAAUUGAUCCGGCCUGUGAUGACGGGAAGAGCAAUCUCACGCUGGAUUACGAUCCCAAGAACAUCAGCCACAGUAUUGUCCACAUGUGCCUCGACAACUACACUCACUACCGCCCAAACUACAACACCGAGCCCGUGAUGAGGAUCUACCAGAUCCCACUUGCCUAUUCCGCUCCGCAUCGCUGCAUGAGCCAGAACAUCACGUACCCAGAAAACAUACCCACAUUUGGUCCUCAUCGGCCGCUGUGGGCGCGCUAUGGAGAGUAUCUCUACCUUCCCGUCCAGCGGUGGAUCCACAAUCUCGAGCACGGCGCCAUCGUCGCCCUGUAUCAUCCCUGCGCUCACGAGGGCCUGGCCAAGAAGCUGAAGAGCCUCGUGAAGUCUUGCCUCUUCCGCCACGUCAUCACGACCUCGGAGCGUCUCACGCCGGAACGUCCCUUCGCUCUAGUGGCGUGGGGCAAGAGCAUGGAAAUGUCUGUGAUCGACGAGGAUCUCGCGCGCCAGUUCAUGCGCGACAACGCGCGCAAGGGCCCAGAGAUGACGCAUCGCGACGGCCAGUACAGCGAGCAGCUCAUCGCGGCCGCAGAAAUCGUCAGCACGAAAGACGAUGAGAGCAUUUGUCCACCGCCUCACACUGAAAGCAAUAAAGUCUAAUUGAAUUCUCUGUCGGAGGAAAAUACGAGCUCAUGGUUAUCAACUUUUCCCGCCUUUCAUCUCACAAUUUGCCGCUUGAUUUUCUUUAUAAUUGCCAC